UCCCUUCUCUCUCUCUCUCUCUCUCUCUCUCUCUCUCUCUCUCUCUCUCUCUCUCUCUCUCUCUCUCUCUCUCUCUCUCUCUACACUACGUAGAGAGCCAUCAACUUUAGAGACAACGAGCAUUGAAACCCAUACCAGAGGAGAGACUCACGCAGCUUACACUCCCCUGUUCCCCGUUCCAAUCGACCCCCGGUGUCGUCACACGCAUAACGCCCGUACGGGCGGACCUGCAGCCCAGUGCCAAAAAAGGCUUCGCAGAGCAGCAUCGGUCACUGUCGUCGAUAAUGACAUCGCUCCCUUUCCUGUGCGGCGUGUCCCAAACGACACCCCCCAAAGAAGAACCCCAAAUAGACGCAGAAUCGUCCCGAUUUGCAAUGAUAAGUCAACACAUACUCCCCAUCCCCCCGUCCAUCCGCCGGGGAUGCUAUCCCGUCCGUCCCGGAGGUGCCAAUGCCAGUGUUCGCCCUCUUCCGCCACAAACGAAGGUCAGCUGAGCAUUCCCCCCCAAACACAACCCCCC